GUGUUACCAAACUGUUUUUUUAGUAUAUUUGAAAAUUCGCUAUGCGGUCACACACGCUUGAUUGUUUGGCAAACUGGCGGGCCACACCACAACAAUAAUAAUAAUAAACAAAACGUUGAAAUUAUUAAAAUGUCACAUCCGAAUACAACGCGACGCAAGCAUGUGCUCAAGGAGAUGAUGGAGGACGACUACUCGCUGCCCACAGAGCAGCAGCAAAUUGUGCGAGUCAUCAGCAGUCGCGGCAACAAUUUACACGAGGUCGAGGCGCCUUCACCGGACGCCGAAAACUUUCUGGUUUCCAUGCCCAACAAGUUUCGCAAGAAUGUGUGGGUCAAGCGCGGCGAUUACAUUCUCGUGGAGCCCAUCGAGGAGGGCGACAAAGUCAAGGCAGAGAUCUGCAAGAUUCUCACUCCCGAGCACAUUAAAGAGUACACAAAAGCGGGCAUUUGGCCAGAGCGAUUUACUAAGAAAUCAGCCGGAUUACCCGUAAGCAAUGCUUCAGAUAGCGAUUCAGAUGACUCCUUGCCGCCCAACACAAAUCGUCCUGCCCACCAACAAGAAGACGAAGAAACUGAGUCGGAUUCGGACUCUGAAGAUUCAAGCGAUUGAAGACUAGUAGU